UCUUUGAGAACUUCAUAUAAUACAUUUUGAUCCUAUUUAUCCUUUCCCCACACUCCCUUUCCUAGCGCCCAGAUUUGUGUCUUUUGGGUUUGGUUUGGUUUUGGGCAUCAAGCAGAGUUUCUGUUGUCCUUCUGUUGUUGGGUAUGUGGCGUUCCACUGAAGAGUAGUCUGUCCAACCUAUGAGGGGCCGCAUCCUUAGAAUGUGUGCUCUCCUGGCAACUAUCAAUUGCAAAUAGCUCAUUAGCUAGGAGUGUGACUUCUUGUCUACCUCCCAUCUUCAUCUGAGAUUUCUGUGUUCGGCCUGAGCAGGUCACAAUGCUGUGAGGUCAUAUAUGCUACCACCCAGCUGUGUCCAGACAACACUGUUUUCUUGUUUUCCACUACCUCUGCCUCCUACAGUUUCACAGGUUAGGUGUUUUCUAGCUUCUUAGUUCAGACUUAGUAGUUAAUGUCUGUCUAGAGGUUUAUCAAAUCAGUUUCUUCUAGAUUUUCCCAAUUCACUGGAACAUUUUCCCUAGUGAUUGCCUGGAUGUCUGGAUUUCAGUUGCAUCUCUGGUAAUAACACCUUACUUGGUCGCUAAUAUUAUUAGCUUGUAUUUUUAUCCAUAAAAAAAGUCUUUGUUACGACCGUCUUUGUGUUAUUUUAGUUUCUAUUUCUUCAGUUUCUGUUCUGAACUUGUCACUUCUAUUUCUUUUCGGUUUGGCUGGUUCUUGUUUUUCCAUGACCUCGACAGCAUCAUUAAGUUAUUUGGGACAUCUAUCUAUCUAUCUAUCUAUCUAUCUAUCUAUCUAUCUAUCUAUCUUUUUUAAGUGCAGGAAUUCAUAGCUAUGUUUGUCCUAGACCCACUUUUAAUUAAUUUUUAUCUUGCAUCACUAGUUGGUGGUGGCAUUUAUAUCAACAAAGAUGAAGAGGUGGCAAGUGGUUCAAGACCUCGGUUCCAAGCCCUUUGAUGAAGAGGCUUUUACAGAACAUUAUAAAAUCUUACAAACACUCGGCCAAGGAGGAUUCUGGGAAGUAAAAUUGGCUAGCCAUCUCCUCACCCAGACAAGGGUAGUAGUAAAAGUUCUUCCAAAAGGCAGGAGGCAGACCUUCAUCAAAUCAGAAAUUGAAAUAAUGAAGUCCCUAGACCAUCCCAACGUCAUCAAACUUUUGCAUAUAAUCGGCACCACAAACCACACUUACAUGAUCAUGGAACAUGCCGAGGGAGGAGAACUGAUGGGCAGGAUUACAGAGUUUGGCCACCUCCCAGCAGAGGAGUCCCGUAGGCUAUUUAAACAGAUAGUACGUGCCCUCCACUAUUGCCGGAAGGGAAUUGCCCACAGGGACCUAAAGCCUGCAAACAUAUUAAUGGAUGGCAAAGGGAAUAUCAAAUUGUGUGAUUUUGGAUUGGCCACCAAGCUUACCAUGGGACAGAAGCAAGCAGAUUUUUGUGGACACCCCCCCCCUUAUUGUGCCCCAGAACUCUUUGAAAGAAAAGACUACAAUGGCCUUGCCGCUGAUAUCUGGAGCUUGGGGGUUAUGCUCUACUUUAUGUUGACCGGGUGUUUCCAGGGACGUACAUAUGAAGGACUAAAGCAGAGGGUCUUGGCAGGAAAGUACUCCGUCAGAUUCAAGCUGUCAAAGGAGCUCUGGGACGUGAUUGCUAAGUUGUUAAGUGUAAACCCUAGACUAAGGCCAACAACUGGUGACAUUCUGCACUUUCCAUGGCUAAAACAUGACAGUGAAGGUUCUCCGGAUUUCUUUAGAGGGAACACUGACAGCCACCCAGACCCCACUGUAAUGGUCAUCAUGAGAGUCAUGGGAUACAAGAAACGAGAGAUACGGGAAGCUUUACAGAAGAAGAACGUUGACCAGGUGAUGGCUACAUAUCUUAUUCUUAGGCAACAGUCACCCUGGGGGGACAAUUUUAAAAUAAAACUUAAGCCCAGGCGGUUGGGUCGAAACUUGAACCUCACUGGGGCAGCCAUGACAGCAAAAGUGACCUUAAAGAGGGCAUCUAGUGUCCCUUCCCUUUCUACCUUCCUUGAUCCCAAUGUUCCUCAGAGUCCUGAGCAUGACAAAGGGGGUAAAAGGAGGUACAGUUGGCCACCCACCCUGACCUGCUUGAACAACAAGACAACCCCCCUUCUGAAAAUCUGUCCCCAGCGUAGCCGUGAGGCCCAUUUCAUGAGCAGCACCAGUUGGGACACGAACAGCACUGACACCUCAGGGGAAAUAUGCCCAAAGGUGACUGCUGAGAAUGUUCCACGGAAGCCUCACUGCAGGCAGUCAUCCUGGAUGUGCUGAAAGCUGGCUCUAACAAGUUUAAGGGAUCCUCACAGGAAGUUUUAUCCCAUCCUGCUUCUGUGGAGGAAUACCAGCUUAAGAACAGCAACAUACAUGGUGAGACUAUCAACUCCUCUCUCCCAAAAGCCUAACCUGAGGACCUCUGAGGACAGCCCCAAGAAGUGACUAAAGCUGGUUCAAAGAAGAACAUGAACUCAGAGAAUAGAGCAUCUCCAUUCUUCAACAAGGAGAGCCAGGGCAAGGAUCCCACGGUAAAACCAAAAGAAGCCAGACCACCUCUAUUCUCCCGCAAGGAGGCCCAGGAAGAUGGCCCCAUUGUAGAAAGCAAAGAGCCCAACCCAUUCUCCCCAGAUACACGCCGGGGACAUCUCCAUGGCCAGGAGCAGAUUACACCCAGAGCCCCCUUUAGGAAGCGGGUUUAGAAAAGCAUCAGGAAGAACAUCAGAAAAGGAUUUGGGAGGUUAUGUUGCUGUGUGCCUGUCCAAAACAGAGAGCUCCCAGCCAAGAACAAAAUCUUGGCUGUGAGCUAAAAGGCCUGUGGAGGCAGCUGUGGUACCAGGUAGGUGGAGAAGCUACAUGUACUUUACCUUGGCUUAUUUUUAAAAAAAUAAUGUCCCUUUUUAUUUUUGUUUGUUUUCCUUUCUCAAGAGGUUUUCUCUAUGUAGCCCUGGCUGUCCUAGACUCACUUUGUGGAGCAGGCUGGACUCAAACUCACAGAGAGCCACCUGCCUCUGCUUCCACCAGUGCUGGGAUUUCAGGCACGUGUCACGACACCCAGGGUAAUGUCAUUUUCUCUAAAGAAAAAAAAUAUUUACUGUGUGUUUGUGGAGGAACUUGCAGUUCUGUCUUUCUACCAUAUGGGUCCUGGGGAAUGGUACAAGGUCCCCAGUCUUGGCGGCAAAUGCCUCUACUCACUGAGCUGUUUCCUAGUCAUGCAUAUAUAUAUAUAUAUGCAUUUAGAUAAAGAGAUUGUAAAUACACACAUUUUAGGGUUUGGUGAUAAUGUAUGAUCACACUAGAAGGCAAACCCCACAGUAUCUUUCUUUGAGAAACUUGAACUAGAUAGACAGCAGAAGAUAGUGGCCCGAAGCUGGGCAAGAAGGCUGGAGAAAGGUUGGUGAAGGGAACAAGGGAGCGCUCAGGAGGAAACAGCCUGAGAGCCCAUGCCAGCCCAGUGCAAGCACAGCCACAUGCAAGUCCUGCCUACUUCUACUAGAGGCCCCAUUCUUGUGUCUAUUCCAAGUGCUGGUGGAGGCACAGUGCUCCCUAGAGGCUGAUGCCAGAGGGUCGAUGGCAGUAGGCUGAGGAUGCAGACAGUGCAGGAGAGGAGAGGUCCAGAUUGGCAUUUUGGACAGCUGUGUGCCAGUGCCAAGCUCUGUCCCAGAUCACCAGCUGAAUCUGGGGACAUAUACCAUUCCUGUAUCUGCAGAUGAACUGUGUGUGGGGGGUGGUGUCUCUGUGAGGGGUGUAAUCACACCCUUCUCAGAUCACCUCGGACCCUAAGGACUGAAAAUGGAUUCUGAGAGGCAGGUCUGAACUCAAUCCUCCUGACUGUCUCCUGUAGGAAGGUUCCUGAUGGCUGGCAGAGCCACAAUUUCACCAGCCACGUGAAGCACUGUGAGAUUCAAGAAUCCUGUAAACAGGGGUUCACGGAGUGCUGGUGAUCAUCAGGAAAACACCUCAGAGGACCUUAGAUUCAUGGUGAGAUUAUCAACUGCCUGUCUCCAGAUGUACCUGUGUACCAUUAAAAGACACAGGAGAAGAGAAAGCGGCAGUGGAAGAAGCGGAGGACCAGCCAGACACACACCUUGACCUAUUGGUGUGUGUCCAAAAUGAAAAUUGCUGACCAGACCAGAGCCAGAAACAAAGGAAUGAGAUUGCAGAGAGUCAUUUGGAAGGUUGAGUGUAUAGGAGCAGGUGCCAUGGGAAGCCAGCACAUGCCAUGGUGUACACUUUGCCCCAGGGCAUCCUGCCUCGAGGGAGGUGAGGCCCACCAACUGUUCUUUGAGUGGAACCAAGGUGAAGUCUGCAGUGCUUGACACUUGAAUGCAGAGCUGGAGCUGGUGCCCACCAUGACCACGGAUAAGAACCUGUUGAUGCAAAAACAAUUAAUUAAGACCCUCUGGUCUGACAAUGAGUGCUUUCCUUUGGGUGACUCAUGCUCUCCUGCCACAUUCCCACUUCCUAAGAAAACUCAGGGAUUAAAGGGGACAGAUUCAUUCCCCUCUUGAGCACCACAGUCUACUAUAACAAGCCUUGUGUAUUUUCAACAGUAUCUCACACCAAGAUCCAAGCUAUUUUCCUUCUGACAACCUAUGGCGAUGCUGCAGGUCCUGCAGCUUUGUGUCCCAGGCAGCAGGCUGGGAAUGCGUGGUGUCUUUGCUGCCUGAAUGACACUCUGCUGGGGCUGCUACAGACUCCCGGGACACACUCAGCAAGGUCUCCUUUAAGAAAACUGUGUGACUGCUUAUUUUAGGCAUGGUGUUUCCCGGUGAAGAUUAACCAUUGAGGAUGUGUACAGAGAGCUGGGCUUAAGAUUUGCUAUGCAGAAGUGGUACCAAGAAAGUCACACACAGACAACCUGGAAAAAAAAAAAAAGGCACGAGUAACCCUGAAAACAGAGACUAUUUAAUCAUAAUAAACUUCCUUGUGUAUUUGA